AUGUCCGAACAGGCAUACGCCUGCAACAGUUGCAAGGCUGCGAUUUCUGCAGUGCGCGCCCGGGUACACUGUCAGGUUUGCCGGGACUACGACUCAUGUGCUGACUGUCACGUUAUGGAGGUUUUUGGAGGAGAUCACCGCGCGGACCAUGACUACGAAGUUUUCAUUAACAUUCAGAGAAUUCUAACGAAAGAGAACGGCUGCACUCAGAUAAGGAUACAAACACCAGCUGCGACAGCAGUGUCGCCAGAGGUAUACUGGGGCACGCUGAUUAUGCCCGGAAAGUCCCCAUCGGCGACGUUCGCCGGCCUCAUUAGGGCCAUCUUUGCUCAUUUCGAUAAUGCAAAGGCCGGCCUGCUUCAACCCCGCGAAUUCUGCGCAUUCUUAUCUGCGGUAGGCUGGUCACUGCAAGAAUGUCCACCAAUUCAGGUGCUCCUCGGUGACUGUCCAGCCCUGCCAACUGCUCUCCACGAAUGCGACGCAUGGUUGGCAAACUGGUACAGGUUGUUCCCACUAGAUCACCGCAUGGGAACGCGUGAGUUUUCUCUAUCGCCUCCCAUGCAGCCGCACGAGGGCCGCACUCGUAUGCGAGACCAGCUUAUGCACGCGAUUGUGCAUCCGCCGGCUCCAGUAGUACCGGGUGGGAUGCCGCUACUGACACAGCAAGGGUUGGAGCAGUACAUUAUGUCUUUGGCACUGCGAGCUCCUGAGGAUCUAUUUGUUCGCCUUAACCGUCUCAUGGGCGCCUUGUCUAUUCGGUUAAUGGACCCAAAGACAGGCCGCCCAUUUGAGGUACGUAUCCCGCGCCCGUGCUUUCCUCCGGGUCCAGACCCGGAGGAGGAGCAGAAGAGGAUGAUAGCGGAGACACAGGGGAGGAUGUGGCAAGCAGAGGUCCACGCUAGGCAGGUUGAACAGGCUCAACGGCAGUUGGAGGCGCACCAUCUUAUCAAUAAAACACAUCGCAAGUCCUCCGCAAUAUGCUCGGAGGAUUGA